CCUCGCAGCUCGUUCUGCUUGUUGGUUACGUUGUAUCAAUCUCCAGUAUAGGAGGGUACUAACAACCAGCAAGAUACAGAUACAUCGAAAGCAGAGGAAUUAACCCGGGGAGGAAAUCUGUUCAAUGUUGGAUUUACUGUACAGGGGACCAAAGGGAAAUAUUAAAUCCUUGAAUGAUUCGAGAUUUAACCUAAAAAUGACCGCCCGAGCCGGUAUUUUCGAUUUGGAACGGGAUCUCAAAGUGUGAUGGCAGCAGUCCAGUGAAUUGCUGGCCUCUCCUUUUCCUUGCCGUUGGAUUUCUUGGGGAGUGCAUUGAUCUGUGGUUAUUUUGACAGAUUUUUGUUGUCAUUCUCGUCAAUUACUUUUACGCUUUCUAUCUAUGGAGUGUACGUAAUCCGUCGUUGUACUGGGGUUUUCACACGGGGGCAAAAUGUGGGUAAAUAGGAAGGGGAUACCUAGACCCUAAGGAUUCUCUCAACCCAGUCCCCCAGCAGUCAGAGAAGGUGGCGGACCUCAUUGAGGCAAACCUGGGCCGUUGGCACUAAAAUGUCCUUAAGUAGUGGCACUGCAGGCGGGAAAGGUGUGGACUCGAAUGCGGUGGACACUUACGACAGCGGUGAUGAGUGGGACAUCGGUGUAGGAAAUCUGAUUAUCGACCUUGACGCUGACUUAGAAAAGGACAAACUUGAGAUGUCUGGAACCAAGGACGGAGGGGGUAUGACUGCUCCGCCCACUGCUGUUGCAGCUUUGCCUGACAACAUCCGAUUUGUUAGUCCUGUACCUGGCCCUCAAGGCAAGGAGAGUAAAUCUAAAUCCAAACGCAGCAAAAACUCUAAAGACAAUAGUAGCAAGGUCUCAGCUGGAGAUGGGACCAAGAAAGAAGGGCAGACGCGAACCCAAGGGGAACCAACCAACACUGGUGCUACUGCAGGAGCCACUAGCAACAAUUCCACUACUGGCAAAGGAAUGGAGAAGGGUGGCAAAGUCUCUCGGAACAGUGGUAAAAAAGACAAGGAAGGGACAAGUGGGAAAAGUAAGAAGGAGAAAGGCGAGGGAGUGCCAGUGGUGGUGAUAGCUGCCACUGAAAAGGAGGUGGUUUCUCAAGUAGCUUUGGGGGUUAACCGUAGUGCCCCCUUUGAGAACACACAAUCUACAGACUUGGUAGGGGACGAUCAGUUGGGGAAUAUUGCACUCGAGUCUGUUGGGAUAGUUCCAGCAUUGACAAUUAAAACUGAACCACAGGAGUUGGACAAUAUAGAAUGCAGAACAUUGAAGAAAGUGAAAAAUGAAAAGAUGGAAUCUCCUGUCUCCACACCGGCCCCUCCCGCCCUCCACCUCCUGGCCGCCGUGGGCGACAACAUCGCAUCCCCGUGCGAGCAGAUAAUGGUGCGCACACGCUCGGUGGCGUCCAACACAUCAGACGCGUCCCUGGCCACGGAGCCCGAUUGCCUUGGUCCCUGCGAGCCCGGGACUAGCGUCAACCUGGAGGGCAUUGUGUGGCAAGAAACCGAAGACGGCAUGCUGGUGGUGAAUGUGACCUGGAGGAACAAGAGCUACGUCGGCACCCUGUUGGACUGUACUCGACAUGAUUGGGCACCUCCCAGGUUCUGUGAGUCUCCCACCAGUGACUUGGAGAUGAGGAAUGGCCGAGGCCGGGGCAAGAGGAUGAGGCCCAACAGCAACACACCCGUCAACGAGAAUAGCAACUCGUCGGACAACAAGGGCAGCGGCACCAGCAAGACACGUGCCGCCAACAACAACAGUAAGGGCCGGCGGGGCAGCCAGACGUCGUCGGAGCGCCGCACGCCACCCAACAGCAACACAGAGGACGUCAAGGCCAGCCCCUCAUCGGCCAGCAAGCGCAAGUCCAAACCUGCCUCAGAUAUGGAGCCCAACUCCAGCUCUGAGGACACCAAAGGCAACAAGCGCAUGCGCACCAACUCCAACAGCGGAGGAGGAGUGGCGCUUCCCCCUGUCCUUCCCCCCAUCCCCUCAAUUAAAACUGAGCCCCAGCCCCCGACACUCGACCGCAACUGUCCCUCGCCGGUCCUCAUUGACUGCCCGCACCCCGGGUGCAACAAGAAGUACAAGCACAUCAACGGCCUCAAGUACCACCAGGCACGCGCACACAACGACGAUGACGACAUCAAGCUGGACCUGGAUGGGGACAGUGAAUACGGGGAGGACUCCACGCUUCAUCCUGAGCCGGGGAACUGCAACGGGGCCUCCAGUUCUCACAAAGGCUGCCUGUCUCCCGCACGGUCUGUCACCCCCAAAGGAAGGGGCUUUGACUGCCAGAGUCCGUCUCCUUCCCCGGGCAAGUUUGGUUCCAAACAGAGUAAAAAGAAAGGUGGCGACGCUGACCCUGAAGCAAGCGGCAUACCGAUGGAAGGCUGUGACGACGGGCCCUGUCUCACCGACGAGGCCAGCAACGACGGCAUGGAAAAGUCCAAGUCCCACAAAAAGUCCAAGACCGACAAACUAUCUCAGAAGAACAUGAAGUCAUCGUCCCGGCCUGUACCCCCAGGGAGUGUAGCUUCCCAGCAGCUCUACUCCCUACAGGCCGCCUCUUUCCCUGCCGGGGGGAACCCCAAUGCUUCUCUAGGGAUCCCCCCUAUGAUACAGGGCAUCCCCAAAAGCCCCCAGAUGAAGGGCACCCAGCCCACCAAACCCCCCGCCGCAAUGGGAGACCCUGCCGCGCUGAACCCUGCCGCGCUGAACCCUGCUUCCGGUGCCUCAAAAGAAAAGAAGAAGAAGGAGAAGAAGAAGAGAGACAGCAGGAAGGAAGCAGAGAGCCCCAAGCCUACGGGGAAAGGGGGGAAACCAGAAGAGGGCAAGAGUCCCUACUCUGAGUCCUCAGAGCCAGGAAAAGGUGACGGGCUACUUAACGGCUCCUCGGACCCCCACCAGAGCCGUCUUGCCAGCAUCAAGGCAGAGGCGGAUAAGAUCUACAGCUUCACCGACAACGCCCCCAGUCUGUCCAUAGGGGUGGCCAGCCGGAUAGAGGGCACGGGAAUGCCUCAGCCACUCACGCCCCUCCACGUGGUCACCCAGAAUGGUGGCGGAGCCGACAACUCCUCGGUCAAGACCAACAGCCCGGCGUACUCGGACAUCUCGGACGCAGGGGAGGACGGCGAGGGCAGACUUGUGGAAGGGGUGAAGGUCAAGGUGGAGGACCAAGGUAUCAGAGAAGGAGCAAAGAAAGCCUUGUUUCCCAGCCAGACGCCCAACAAGGAGUCUCCGUACUAUGCCGGCUAUGAGGCCUACUACUCGCCCAACUACACCUGCCCCAGCCCUGGUGCCGCCAACCCGGGCAUGCCGCACACCGAAAGUCCGGCAUUGAAAGUGAAGCGUGAGGACGAACAGGAGAAUGUGGAAGACAAGGUCAAAGUGGAGCCCCACGAAGAUCGCAAACCCGAGAUGAACGCCUCCAGUCAACAACAACAACAACAUCAUCAUCAUAACAAGCAGCAGCAGCAGCAGCAGUCAGUCAUCCAACAGCGCUCCAACAUGUACAUGCAGCCUCUCUAUUACAACCAGUACUCCUAUGUUCCCCCGUACGCCUACCACCCGGACCAGGCCUACCACAACCACCUGCUCAACACCAACCCGGCCUACCGGCACCAGUACGAGGAGCGCCAGCGCCAGGUGAUCUCUGAGCAGCACCGGGCGGCGGUGGCGGAGAAGAAGAGCUCUGACGCGGCGGCCAUGAAGGAACGCGAGGCCUCCAUGAAGGAGGAGUGGAAACAGAAGGCCUUGGGGCCGCCCACUCUCUCCAAGGCCCCUGGAAAGACAGACAGCCUGACCAACAAGACCCAACAGAACCACGGUAAGACCAGAGACUCUCCAUCGGAGCCCUCCAAGGCCUCCGUCACAGGCCUGAAAGGAGAGGUAUCUAAGUCCCAGCAGGCUGAAGGGCUGAAGAUGAAGCUGAGUGAAGGGGGGCACCAUGGGAAGGAGGACUCCAAGCCAAGCCUAGACUCCAGAGCGGGGAUAGAGCAAGCCAUGUGGUACAGACAGCAGACCCAGAUGGAUGACGAACAGCAACAACCACCACCACGGUGGAAAGACGAGAGAGACCGAGAGCGAGAGAGAGACCGCGACCGCAAAGGAAAGGACGACAGGCCCAACAGGCCCAAGGAGAGUGGCGGUCCGAAAGAGGAGGAUGGCGCUGGUCCGAAAGAGGGCACAGACCCCAGAACAUCUUCUGUUGAGGACCAACGGGCCAUGGGCAAAGACCCUCGCGCCAAUGCCCACAUGCAGUUCUCCUCAGCCCUGGCGCAGCACCAGGGCUACAUGCCCUAUAUGCAUGGUUACCCUUAUGGGCAGGGCUAUGACCCCAGCCACCCCGGGUACAGAGGCAUGCCCACAGUCAUGAUGCAGAAUUACCCAGGUUCCCCCUACCUGCCUGCGGGCUAUCCGUUCUCCCCUUACGGCGGCAAGAUGGCCGGUGGUGAGGAGGAGGCGAGGGGAGGUGACAAGUCGCGCGCCAGCCCCACAGUGAGCGGCAAGGCAGCUUCGGUGGACUCCAAGGCCCUGGACAUCCUGCAGCAGCACGCCAGCCAGUACAAGAGCAAGUCCCCCACGGUGGGGGACAAGCCGUCCCAUGAGAGGGACAGGGGAGAGAGGAGCGGCGGGGAGAGGGAACGAGAGAGGGACAUGGAGCGGCCACGCUCCUCGCCCUCCCAGCGCAUCAUGCCCUCCCAUCACCACCUGGGAUACCCGCUGCUCUCGGGCCAGUAUGAUCUGUCCUACACUACAGGUCUCUCGUCAUCAGCUAUUGUUGCCAGUCAGCAAGCCGCAGCCCCCUCCCUCUACCCCCCGGCGCGGAGAUGAAAACGGGAGACGUGACCGACACCUCGCCACCCUGCAAAGAUUCAUGUGACUGGCUCACAUGAGGAAGCCCUGGGCUCCGAGUCCAUUUUAGACAUCAGUUGAAUGGUGUUUCUAUAUUUGUAGUUCUCUGCCUGAAUGUCCGGCAGAUUAUUUUUCUUCUCCUAGCAGCAUCUUUUUCCCUGGUUUCCCUCCUGCCCCACCGUGGACUGGGACUGACCUCAUCCAAGGUUCAAAGCCAUCACUGUCUGCCCAUGUGCACACCUCCGCUGAUAUCUAUUGGUCUUUGCACUGUUGAUGAACGAACACAUGCAAAAAUAGACCAAUUGACUGCCUGAAAAGCUGAAAAGGGGUUCUGACUGCAUAGUUUAUUUCAGUCCCAUGCAGAACGGGGCUGGGUGGCUGGGGGGGUGAUGGGGGAGGGGUCAAACUAAAAUAAAGACUGACAAAACUAAACAAGUCAAUCAUGUUGAAAUGUUUGAACUUGCUGUUGUUGACCUGUUGUACCCAGUGUGCCAGUAUAUCCUGACAAUUGUCAUUAGUAGGUUUACUGUGUGUGGUGAAAGGACGCUUGAGGAGAGAGGCUCAACCUCCUCAGACUUCUAUAGGCGUUGAAGGGUUUGUUUUCUCGUCCCUCAACCAGCCAUUUGCUCGCUAAACACCUCUUGGUUCACUUUUCAGGGAUAGACAUAAUUAUUGUGUGAAGGGAACACAUUCACCUCAAUACAGUUCAUGUUUUGUGUUUUCUUGACAUUUGCAUUGUUCAUUUCACGGCAUGAGUGACUUUUCUUUCAGUUAACUUGAUUCCUCCCCACUUCCCAAUCUAUCCUUUUAAUGUGUUUUUGAUAUGCCAGUCUCACUUCACCCUUUCCAUACACUGAAUCAGCCAAAUCACACACAUACCCUGGCUCACUCUGAUCAAUAUUGCACUGACUGAUGGACAGUUGUAACCAUGGUUUCUGUUCAGAAGUGUAGAGCUGUUUGUUACCUCAGAACACUGGGGAUCAUCUACUGAAGAGGUCGGCCAUUUUCACCUGUCAGCCUACAGUACCUUACUGGUCCUUCAAUCGGCACAGCAAAUGGACCAGCUCGUUAUCCUGUCAAUUUCCAUGGAGGAAGAAUCAAACAACUGAUUGCAGAGAAUGAGGAAGGAUGCACAAUGUAAAGUCAAGGCAUAACCAUGGAGGAGCGAUGCCCGGCUAGACAACACACAACCAACCACGCACAUCUAGCUGCUAGCUCAGAGCGACCCCAUCCCGUCAGCAACACCACUUGUGGGCAGCGCUUCACUCCUAUAUAUCCUUGGCUUAGCAACCCUUCCCCCAUAUUACAGUAGUGCAGCACUGAGCCAAUGGGGGAGUCCCAGUAGAUUCAACCAAGCCUGGCCAAUGUCUGGCACUCCUAUCACUGGGUGGCCCUUUAGGUGACAACUGCCAGAGACUGUUACAUGGUCACAUUACAGCUGGGCUCCCCUCAGUAGAGGGACAUCGCCUCAUUCAACCCCCUCUCUCUGCCACUCACCUCAUUCAACCCCCUCUCUCUGCCACUCACCUCAUUCAACCCCCUCUCUCUGCCACUCACCUCACUCAACUCCCACUCUCUCAGACCAGUGGGGCUUGUAGGGGUUUUGGAGAUGAGGGGGGGUGUAGUCAGACCAGUGGGGCAGUAGGGGUUUUGGAGAUGAGGGUGGUGUAGUCAUACCAGUGGGGCACUAGGGGUUUUGGAGAUUAAGGGGGAGUGUAGUCUCUCAGACCAGUGGGGCACUAGGGUUUUGGAGAUUAGGGGGGAGUGUAGUCUCUUAGACCAGUGGGGCACUAGGUGUUUUGGAGAUGAGGGGGGAGUGUUGUCUCUCAGACCAGUUGGGCACUAAGGGUUUUGGAGAUGAGGGGGGAGUGUAGUCUCUCAGACAGGUGGGGCAUUAGGGGUUUUGGAGAUGAGGGGGGAGUGUAGUCUCUCAGACAGGUGGGACAUUAGGGGUUUUGGAGAUGAGGGGGGAGUGUAGUCUCUCAGACCAGUUGGGCACUAAGGGUUUUGGAGAUGAGGGGGGAGUGUAGUCUCUCAGACAGGUGGGGCAUUAGGGGUUUUGGAGAUGAGGGGGGAGUGUAGUCUCUCAGACAGGUGGGACAUUAGGGGUUUUGGAGAUGAGGGGGGAGUGUAGUCUCUCAGACAGGUGGGACAUUAGGGGUUUUGGAGAUGAGGGGGGAGUGUAGUCUCUCAGACCAGUGGGGCACUAGGUGUUUUGGAGAUGAGGGGGUGUUAAUCAAAGGCUAUUUAAAAACAGUCACGGUGAUCUUAGAUAGGUUCUUUACCUGUUUAUUUAUUCAAGAACCCUUUUUGGAGAAGAUCUAGGGAUGUUGUCUGGAUUGAAGCAUGGAUGAACUCUUGAGUUGCGAAGCUUAAUUUAACCUUUGUGCCCAUUUAAGCAAGUAGCCAUGAAAUGAUGCCUCCGUAGUGGGAUACAGCACUUAAAACACAACACAAUGUCCUCCCCUCCACUAAUGUAGACGCUGUAAAAAGACUCCUUUCCUAUUCACACGAAGUAGUCGCUAUACAAUGUAUAGAAAAGGCUUCCUAUGGUGCGUGAGCUGGAGUCGUUGAGAGUGAAGCAAAACCAGUCAUUAAAAGUCAAAGAUGUAUAUUUAUUUUUUCUAUUUUCAGGGAGGGGUACUUGCGCUAUACAAACGAGGCUUGUUGACAGUCUGCCCUGUAAGAAACUGUGGAAUGUUCCAGAAGUCAACAUACUGCUGGCCAGAACAUUAUCACGAUUGUCAGGUAGCUUUUCUUUUUUGUGUAAUUUUGUUCAGUAUUGAAGUACAUAUAUACACCUGGAUUUCACUAACUUGAACCUGCUAGCUUGGUGGUGUAACCCCUGGUUAAGGACUAGGACAGUUAACAUAUUAGUCUCAUUGUGUUGCUAGUUUCUUGUCCUAUAGGACUAGGCCAGUUAACAUAUUAGUCUCAUUGUGUUGCUAGUUUCUUGUCCUAUAGGACUAGGACAGUUAACAUAUUAGUCUCAUUGUGUUGCUAGUUUAUUGUCCUAUAGGACUAGGACAGUUAACAUAUUAGUCUCAUUGUGUUGCUAGGUUCUUGUCCUAUAGGACUAGGCCAGUUAACAUAUUAGUCUCAUUGUGUUGCUAGUUUCUUGUCCUAUAGGACUAGGACAGUUAACAUAUUAGUCUCAUUGUGUUGCUAGUUUCUUGUCCUAUAGGACUAGGACAGUUAACAUAUUAGUCUCAUUGUGUUGCUAGUUUCUUGUCCUAUAGGACUAGGACAGUUAACAUAUUAGUCUCAUUGUGUUGCUAGUUUCUUGUCCUAUAGGACUAGGCCAGUUAACAUAUUAGUCUCAUUGUGUUGCUAGUUUCUUGUCCUAUAGGACUAGGACAGUUAACAUAUUAGUCUCAUUGUGUUGCUAGUUUCUUGUCCUAUAGGACUAGGCCAGUUAACAUAUUAGUCUCAUUGUGUUGCUAGUUUCUUGUCCUAUAGGACUAGGACAGUUAACAUAUUAGUCUCAUUGUGUUGCUAGUUUCUUGUCCUAUAGGACUAGGACAGUUAACAUAUUAGUCUCAUUGUGUUGCUAGUUUCUUGUCCUAUAGGACUAGGACAGUUAACAUAUUAGUCUCAUUGUGUUGCUAGUUUCUUGUCCACAAGUGUCAUGGUUCAUAAAUGGAAUGGUGUUGCAACCUGUAUAUCUGAAUGUGACAGUGUGUUGAGAUGUCCUGUACAACUAAUAUCUAAUAGAAAUAUAGACCGCUGUGACGUUGUAUGACACAUCAGUGGAUUGUCAUUUCUACAUGUCCCAAGCAGAAUGGCUUUCCACUAUACUGGAGGAAGAGACCAGUGCAUUGCUCCAAAGGACAGAGAUUUAGACUUGGUAGUAGGUUGAAUAAGAAUCGUAUUGCCUUGGGGGUAUGAUAAAGCCACACAAGCAAGUACUUACUAUCCAGCAACUUAAAGGAAAAAGCUCUGGAUUUUGUCUUAUUUUUAGAGGACAUUCUUUCUUUGUUAGCUUCUCUUUGAUUGAGUUGUUUUUUUGUUCUCCAGAAUGGCAGUUGCUUCAGUUGUCUCAAUUGGUGCUUAUAAAAACAUCCUUUAUCCCUGGGAACAAAGGCACUCUUUCCGACCUCUUAAAUGACCAGUUCAUGUCUCGUCUCCCUCCUCACCUUCCUCACGGGCCCUCUCGUCUCCCUCCUCACCUUCCUCAGGGGCCCUCUCGUGUCACUCAAAACCCUCAAAGUAUCCGUCACUGGUACUUGCAAGGAUGUUUACAACGGUUUUCAUUUCUAUGGUUGAGCCCUGUCUCCUGUGGUCUCACCCCUUCCCUCACUCUUCUCCUUCAUCCUCCCCUUCAGGAGUUUAUGUAAAGUGUGCAUUACCACCACGGUUCUUUUUUAUACAAUACUGUAACUUGCCUUUGUACAUUUGGGCGAAAAAUAAAUCUUUUUAUGAGACAAU